AUGCUCCUGGACGUAUUGAAUUUUGUCCGCCAAGGUGCUCCUAGGGGUGGACUUCAAACUGCUAAAAACUUGUUGGAAGUCAUCGAAGUGGGCGUCACCGGGUUCAAGAUACUGAGCGUUCAGCCUACUACUGAUGGCAGUACCCAGAUGGGUGUGGUAGCUGUCCCUACCGUCCGUGUCCCCCCACGCAAGCUGUUUCCGCAGAGAUACGUGGAAUUCGAAAAUACUCUUCUCCAGCCAGCCUUUCACUAUGCUGUUCCCGAAGGCACGCCCGCUGAACGCUUCAUAAUACUUUGUCAGUCCCUGUGCGAUGCCUGUCAGACCUGUGGCACCAUCAAUUUGCCAACCAUUUUGUGGCGUUCCCUUACUCCCCUUAAUCUCCCAAACCCUGUCUUUAAUAUGCCCGAAAAUUCCGUUAAAAUCCUUCGGCGCUUCGCUGCCCUCAUCUUUAGUAAACUUCCCGCCAAGCUUCCCAAUCGCCGUAUCAACUGCACUGACUUUUUCGUUAAGCGGAGCCUUGAUAUGCUUGUUGAAGUUGUCAACAAGCUUCUUAUCUGUCUCAUCUUUAAUACGGUUAACAACUGUAUCUAG